UACAUAGUUUGAAAGAACCAUAUGAUCAAUCCAAACCAAACUUGUAUCAAAACACAAAGAGCAACAACACUGUCGAAGUUGUCUUGGAUAAAUAUUACUCAGUUAAAUCCAGAAACAAAGGGCUUUAAAACUAUCUUUGUUUAGAAAAUUUGACCAAAUCGUAGCGUUGUAGUUUCGUGAAAACAAGGUUGAUGAUAAAAUCCAAAAUGGGUCGAGAAACAGACAAGGACUUUAAAGAACAGGGAAAUAAGUAUUUCAACGCCAACAAGUUUGACAGCGCUAUCUCCAGCUACUCAAAGGCUAUAGCAUUAAAUCCUAACAUUCCUACGUAUUACACCAACAGAGCCCUCUGUUAUAUGAAAAUAAACAAAUUUGCUCAGGCGGUUCAGGACUCAAGAGCUGCAUUGGAGAGAGAUUCAACACUUGUCAAAGGUCAUUUUUAUCUGGGCAGUUCUUUAUUAGAACUAGAGAAGAUAGAUGAAUCAAUUAAGCAUCUUCAGACAGCAUUUGAACUCGCUAAAAAGGAUCCGGGAUCCUAUUACGAUGAUACAAUUUCUAGUAAACUAAGGUUGGCCCGGAAGAAGAAGUUUAACCUGCAGGAGGAGAAGAGGAUUCAGCAGGAUAUUGAACUCCAGACCUACAUCAACAGGAACAUUAAAGGGAUCAUGUAAAUGUUAAAGCUAAGGAUAUCCCAUUCUAAAGGAAACGGAGAUAACUAUGAUGAAGUUACAGAAGAAAUAUCAAUUGUAGAGGUGGAAGCAGACAAAUAUAUUGCAGAAGUUAACUCACUUUUCUCUAAGGUAGAUGAUCGGAGAACUAAACGCGAGGUCCCAGAUUAUCUUUGUGGAAAAAUAAGUUUCGAACUUCUCAAAGAUCCAGUCAUAACUCCCAGUGGUAUAACAUACGACAGGAAGGAUAUUACUGAACAUUUGGAGCGAGUCGGUCACUUUGAUCCCGUGACCCGAACCAAGCUGACCCAGGAUAUGUUGGUCCCCAACUACGCCAUGAAGGAGGUGGUCGACGACUUUGUUUCAGGAAACGAGUGGGCCUUGUAUUAUUAGAUUCUAGAUGCAUUUCAGUGAUAGAAUUAUAAAUUUUUUAAAUAAAUAUAUGAGCAACAUAUUUGACGAAUGGUGACUUUCGAAUGCAUCGGACUAAAAAGUUAUUAUUAGAACAACAAAUGCAUUUGAAGAAUGAAUGUGGUGAUGUAUUUAUGUAAGCGUAUGUUUACUCUACUGUCGUUUAUUCGUAAAUAUGUAAUGUUUAAUCAACCCUAAGCUGAUUAUAAUUUCCAUAAUAAAGAGUAAGAUUUUAUUCUAA